AUGGCUUACGUGCUACGAUUCAUUUUCAACGCGACCAAGAAGGGAGAAAGACGCAGUGGUCGAUUAACUCAACCUGAGCUGGAUGAUGCCGAAAAUGAAGUCCUGAAGCAGGUCCAAAGAGAAGCCUUUGCGGAUGAGGUAACGACGCUUAAAAAUAAUCAAGUACUACCGGAGGACAAGAAGGAAUCGAUUGACAGAUCGAGCAUCGUUUACCAACUGAUGCCAAUGAUGGAUGAACGGGGUUUGAUGCGCCAAAACAGCCGGAUUGCAGCGGCGAAGGAUAUUCAUCACAGCGUGCGCUUUCCAGUAAUCCUGCCAAGAAAGCAUCGGUGCACGGAACUUCUGGUCGCACGCUAUCAUCGGCUCUACCGUCAUGCAAACUCCGAAACGGUAGUGAACGAAGUCCGCCAGCUGUUCAUCAUACCGAAACUGCGAUCGGUGGUAAAGCAGAUUGGACGAAGCUGCCAAUUCUGCAAAAUUCGUAAGGCACUCCCGACUAUUCCUCCGAUGGCACCACUGCCACCAGCACGGUUAGCCGUACACGACCGUCCAUUCAGCUACGUAGGAGUGGACUACUUCGGCCCAUUGUUAGUCAAGCAGGGCCGCUCGAAUGUGAAAAGGUGGAUUGCGCUCUUCACUUGCUUGACUGUGCGCGCCGUUCACCUUGAAGUGGCAUACAGCCUAUCAGCUGCGUCAUGUAUUUGCUGCAUCCGACGGUUUGUCUGUCGCCGAGGAUCACCGGUGGAGUUUUUCAGUGACAAUGCUACGAACUUCCAUGGGGCUGAACGACAGCUCCGUGAGCAGAUCAACGAAGGACGCUCCGCACAUGGGCGGUGCAUGGGAGCGACUCGUCCGUUCAGUGAACUCAACGAUGAAGAGCUGCAGACCUUGAUCGUGGAGGCAGAGGGCAUUGUAAACACCAGACCACUUACGUACAUACCACUUGAUUCAGCGGAAUCAGACGCUCUUACGCCGAACCACUUUCUACUCGGGAGCUCGAAUGGGGUAAAGCAGCCAAGCGUGGGUAUCGAAGUUCAACAGCGGGCUUCUCGGGACUCAUGGGACCGCAUUCAGCGACAACUCAACCGGUUCUGGCAACGCUGGCUGAAAGAAUACCUGCCGGUGAUUCGGAAGCAGACUAAGUGGUUCGACGAAGCUCGACGUGUGGAAGUGGGUGACCUUGUGCUGAUAGCAGACGAAGGCAAGCGGAACGGCUGGGUGCGGGGCAUCGUGAUCGAAUCGAUCAGGGCACCAGACAGCCACGUUCGCCAAGCUAUGAUCAACACAACGAGAGGAGUUCUUCGUCGACCGGUAUUGAAGUUAGCGGUUCUCGACGUUAGGAAUAGCAGUGCGGUCAUGGAGUCCAGUGGACCGCACCCGGAGGAGAAUGUUGCCACAGGGGCACUUGCUCAACCGCCCGGCGAACUGGCAACCGGUCCAAUCAACUGUGCCUAG